ACAUAAUAUCUAUGUCACGGUUGCACCUGCAACUUCUAAACACUACAAGGCACUUUAAUAUCCACACAACAUAAAAAGCUAUACCUUCUUCCUUUGCGUCACAAAAUUUGAGUCUAUAAUUUUGUGCUCUGAAUAGUUAGAAGAAAAACUCUAACCAUUCCUGUUGGAUCAACAUCACAAGCCCGGUAAGACCAAUUAAAACCUUUCAUAGUCAUGGUUUGCAUGAUGGUUUUUGGCCUAUGUGGAAGAAGUCUAUGAUUGGAUUAGAGUGGAAACGCCAUUAGUUACUUGAGAGCCAGAAAAUUUUGUGUUUGUGCGCUUCUAUAACAAAGUGGUUCCGUUGGUUUUCAUCCUUCUCAGAUACUAUUCACCACCACCCCCCUUCUUCUAUGAUUCCCUCUUCCUUGUAACCAAAGAGAUGUCCUUCUCUGUUUCUUGUUGGUAAAGGGUCAAGUAAAGAACAAACGCCAAAAGUUAUUUCAAAACCUUUCUUGCUUGAUUCCCUUCACUUCUUCUGACAAGCAUAAAAAAUCUUAAAUCCUUACAUCACAGGAAGCUAAAUCCAGCUACACAAGGUUAUAACAAGCCUGACAUGUAUCAAUCCUCUCAAAUUUCUCUGUGGGUCGAUUUGCUACUGAAAAACCGUGGAUUAGUGCAUUUUCAAGCUCAUUUGCCAAAGCUUUUCAAGCAGCAGGCAUAGAUACCUCAGCUGAUAUCAAAAGGGUACAAGAAUCUGAGUUUUUCAGUUGGAAUUAUUGGUGUUUUUGAAGUAUCUGACACAGAGAAUCCAUAAUGGUUCUUCAUCGCCGCCUGUUGCUUGACCCAGAUUCAAGCUCAACUGCACCAGGUAACGUGAAUAGAACAAGGGAUUCUUUCACAGGAGACGCAAAUUUUGACACCAACAUGGUGAUUAUCUUGGCAGCUUUGCUUUGUGCACUUAUAUGUGCUCUUGGACUUAACUCAAUUGUGCGCUGUGCUCUAAGAUGUAGCCGCAGGUUGGCUUUUGAGACACCAGAGGAGGCUGCAGCUCGUGCAGCAGCAAAAGGACUAAAGAAAAGGGCAUUGCAUCAGAUCCCUAUAGCUGUUUAUGGUUCAGACAGUCUUUGCUUGAGCAACCAACAAUUUUUGAAGCCGCAACCGCAGCUGCAGGAACCUCGAACCAUGUAGAGAAUGCCUUAGGAUGACAUGAACAUGGUCCUUUAGUUGUAGCUGUGGAUGAGGUUGGCUAAUUGUAAAUUGCAAUCUUAACCCUCCACCUUGAGAAUUCACCAAAAAAGGGAAAGCGUGAAUAAAUUGAGACUAGUUGUUUGUAGUCUUGGAUUAGGAACCUUUUGUGUAUAUGGUGCACUUCUGUGAUUGUAUCAAGAAUUGUAUAUAUGGAGCUUGAAUGAUGGUUUCUGAGAGACCAUUCUGUGUUUGUGCAAGUUUUUCUGACAUGAGAUAUAGUGCUAGAUCUUGAAGUUUGUUGUCUGUAAAUAGAUUGAAAGGCAAGUGAUGGUCAACUAGUUGAAUACUUACUUGGAUGGCAUUUUGU